GGAGGUCUGUGGCUUCACGAGGGGCACACUUGCAAUACCUUCGUGGAAUUAGCUGGUUUUGUGUGUGUGCUUGAUGUAACACAUUGUUUGUGUAUCAAAUAUUCAGGCACCGGUUACAUUGAUUCUGAGUUCCAAUGAAGGAUUUUGUUGUGGCGUUGGUGGUGACGCUGCUGUUCUUGGACAAUGUCGGGACAGCCUCGAGCCAGGCCGAUAUGGUCGGCAUCAUCGUCCAAGACCCGGGCAUGUCCAACACGGUCAGGGACAUGGCCAUGUCGUCCAUGAAUAUGGUCAAGCAACAGGAUAUGAUGUUCCUGAGAGCAGGUGUUGAUACAAAGGACAUGACGUCAACGACAGGAAUGAAGGCGAUGUUCACACCGACCAAGAAGAGGGGGGUAGAGAUGGGAGAGGAAGAGAGGGCUAAGAACAUGCUCAUAAAGGAACUGGCAGGGAUCUUGAACGUCUCCAAGACCCGGAUGGCAAGUGCCGUCAACACCUUGUUGGGGACGCUAGGGGUAGAGGUGCAGGGGCUCGGGACCCAGGACGACAACUGUGACCAGUUCCUAAACAUCAGGUGUGACCCCUCCUCCAGAUACCGGACUGAGGACGGCAGCUGCAACAACCUCCGGAAACCACUAUGGGGCAGAGCCUUCAUCCCGAUGAGGAGGUUUCAGGCUCCAGAAUAUGAUGACGGCGUGUCAGCCCCCAGGGCAACGGGCCAGAACGGCCGGCAGCUACCCGGGGCCCGCACGGUCAGCCUGACGGUUCAUGAGACAGACAACAGGGCCGGGUCCACAGCCGGGGCGACGACGCACAUGUUGAUGCAGUGGGGGCAGUUCCUCGAUCACGACAUCACCAGCACCCCCAUACAGUCAGGUGCUGAAGGUUCUAACGUAGGGUGCUGCAUGGACGACGUGAGUGCGACCGGCAAGUCCAUGAUCAAUAUGACUCCAGAGGAGAGAGAUAUCUGUUUUCCCAUUAAAAUCGAAGCGAACGACCCAAAAUUUCGUCGUAGAAGUUGCAUGAACUUUGUGAGGUCAAUCCAGAUAUCUAACACGGACUGUAUGGUGGCUCCAGUGGAACAGAUGAACCAAAUCACAGCUUACAUCGACGGCUCAAUGGUGUACGGGUCAUCUGAAGAGGAGACACGGAACUUGAGAUUCUUCAGGGGAGGUCAACUGAGAACAUCACGCAACAAUCUACUUCCCGAAGACUCGGAGCCAUCAUGUCUUAGGACUAGGAGUACCGAUUUUUGUUUCAAAGCAGGAGACACACGGGUGAACGAACAGAUGGGCCUGGCUACACUUCACACAGUGUGGAUGAGAGAGCACAACCGGAUGGCCCGGGAACUCAGCCGCCUGAAUCCAGCCUGGGAAGACGAGAAACUGUUCCAGGAAACCAGGAAGAUCGUAGGCGCAAAGAUUCAACAUAUCACGUAUAAUGAGUUUCUGCAGAUUGUCCUGAAUGAUGACAUAAGGAGACAGUUUGACUUGAUGUCCAGGAAGCAGGGUUUCCAGGACCAGUAUGAUCCAAGCGUGGAUCCUAGCAUCAGGAACGCGUUUGCAACGGCGGCAUAUAGAUUUGGACACUCGCUGGUACGGACGAUGUUCUCUCAGUAUGGUCGGAACUACCGAAAGAAAGAGGACCUGAAACUAAAAUGGAGUUUUGGCAAUACUUCUCAUAUCAUCAGGAACAACGGUAAUGGCGUGGAAAGAUACGUUCGCGGGCUCGUCAGUGACGCCAUGGGUGACGCCGAUAGAUAUAUAAGUCCCCAGAUAACCCAACACCUUUUCGAAGACAUAGAGGGCCACAGCCUUGACCUUGCAGCUCUCAACAUCCAGAGAGGUCGUGAUCACGGGUUGCCUGGUUACAACCAAUGGCGGAGGUGGUGUGGUCUUUCAACAGCUAGGUCAUUCGGGAGUGGCCGAGGAGGCCUUGUGGACCAUCCACCCCAUGCAAUCAAACAGCUGAAGAGUGUUUACGACCGCCCUGACGAUAUCGACCUGUUUACUGGCGGCAUAUCCGAGAAUAGGAUCAAGGGUGGUCUUAUUGGUCCCACGUUCGCCUGCAUCCUUGCAAACCAGUUCAAGGCCCUCAAGGUUGGGGACAGGUUCUGGUACGAGAGGAAUGACAGAGUUACUGGAUUCACCAGAGACCAGGUGAACGUCAUCAAAGAGACCACCCUGGCUAAGGUUCUAUGUGAUAACACAGACAUCGGCAGUAUGCAACCUGCCGCUUUCAGAAUGGUCAGAAACCAAAACCAACGGUUGAGAUGUCAAGAAUUAACUCAGGCUCCCUUAAACCCGUGGUCCGAUGAUCCAGCAGGUAGGGAUCUGAAUGAUGGAAAUAGCGGAAAUGGCAACAACGGCAAUAAUGGAAAUGGCAAUAGUGGCAACAACGGCAAUAAUGGAAAUGGUAAUAAUGGCAACAAUGGAAAUGGUAAUAGUGGCAACAACGGCAACAAUGGAAAUGGUAAUAAUGGCAACAACGGCAACAAUGGAAAUGGUAACAAUGGCAACAAUGGAAACAACGGUAGAGCAUGGAGUGCUUGGGGUCAGUGGAGUAACUGCAACGGUAUAAUCAGCACAAGGUCAAGGUCAUGUCUUCCCGGGUCAAUAUGUCUUGGAAAUGGGUCCCAGAGGAAGCCCUGCGGGGACGAAAGCAGCUGGUCAAGGUGGGGACAGUGGUCCUCAUGUACCAACGGGAUGCAGACGAGGAGGAGGCGCUGUACAGGGGGGUUCCUGUUGUGUUCAGGGAGGGACAGUGAGGCGAAACAGUGCACAACUCCCCGGGACUCUGGCUGGGGACCCUGGGGGAGGUGGGGGUCAUGUACCAAUGGCAAGAGAUGGAAGAAGAGGGUUUGUCUAUCUUCUGUCGUGUAUGGACAACCCUGCGUUGGACCAAGUUCAGAAUCUCAAAACUGUGGAAACAGGAAAUCAGACUGUUCUAAGAGCAUUUAUAGAAUUAUUUCUCAUUACGUCUGUAAAUGAAACAAAAGACGUUUUCUUGAUACCUAAUACUCGUACAAGUCAUUGUUGCAAUCUUUUAAUGAAUUGUAGUAAUGCUCUGAAUCAAAUAUGCCGGGUUGGAAUGGUUCGCUUCUUGUUUUUUCCGAGUUGUGUGAGUAGGAAAGGGUAAUAAACAGUAUAUCCCAGAUA